AGAUAUUUUUUUUAUUUAAUUUUGAUGAAUUGAAAGUACUUGAUAGAAUAUCUCUUCAAAUUAGGGUGCCAAAAGUUUUCGUAACACAAUAUACAAUAAUGAUGAGACCUUUGAUAUAUCUUUGAGUUAACCGACUAUCAAAUGACAAAGAGUUGCCGAUUUAACUGACAAAAUCGGAAGUCAAUUUGUUAGUCAAAUUUUUGGUAUCAAUUUCAAAACUUAGCGAUUGGUCUGUAGUAAGAGAGAAACCAUUCUUCCCAGUCAAACCUAAGCCAAAAUGUAAAUAUAAAUUCUAUACCAAUCGGGUGCUUAAAUUUAGUUUAAAAAGGCUAUCAGAUUUCAACUUUUUUCUUUAUUUGCUUAUAUCCGAUAGAUAUCAAGGCUACUAAAUCCGUUUUAACUUACCAGCGUGUUAAAUACGAUACCAAGUGUUUAGUCGAGCAACGAGAAUAAUGUUUACAGAUGUCCGGGAAGUCAAGCGUCACCUGGCUGUUGUAAACAGCUCGUCAACAACUCCUACUGGGGGUGGGUUGUCGCUACAAAAGCAAACAGGUGCCAGAUCUUUUUGAAGGACCAGCCACCAAGAAGAAGUAGGAGGAGAUACGGUGACCCGUAGGGGGGAAAUGUAGGGGUAAUACGUUUGCAUAGACUCCGUCAACCAGUGAGAUGAGAAGGUCGACCUACGAUGCAAACGUUGGUCAUUCAAGAUCUACGAUUGGAUGAAGUUGUAUCACGUGAUCGCUAUUUUCGCUGAAUAUCAUUAGGGGGCCGGACGAUAGGUUAAGUCCCGUACAAAGUAGUGAUCACAAAUCAUUUUGCUUUCGCACCAUACCCUUCAUUAUGAGCACACAUUUCAGUCAUUUUUCGACAACUAAUUGGUCGGGAUAUAGCGGACCUCGUGAUCACCAUCAUCACCACUACUAUGGGGGAAGUUGCAUUAACUAUGCCGAGUCCAACCAUUAUACGUCUCCAUCACCACAAUCUCACGUUCCCGUUCAUCCUUAUCCCAGUAGGUGUCCCAACUAUAUCCGACUCGAUUCGGUCGGAGGACAUCAAAAGGAAUAUCGGACUACCUACGAUAACAACGCGAUCGAAACAUACGAUCACAACAUUCAAGCAAACUAUGAAGUAUCAAGUCCCGGAGUACCGUCCACCACAGAGUGUCCACCCGAUAGAGAUAAACAAUAUCCGUGUCCAAUUCAACAACAAUACGACGCUCAUUCAUGUGUAGUGCCUCAAAACCAACAACAACAUCAAGGUUCAGUAACUGCUUAUGAUACCCACCCACAUCAACCGAGUCCAUCCGAAACGACUACAACCGAAAAACCGAUAUUCUAUUCAUGGAUGAAAUCUUAUGCAGAUUCGGGUCAAGCCCAGAAAAGAACACGUCAAACGUAUACUCGGUAUCAAACGUUGGAACUGGAGAAAGAAUUUCAUUUUAAUCAUUACUUGACUCGAAGGAGAAGAAUAGAAAUUGCUCAUUCAUUAGGGCUAACCGAACGACAGAUAAAAAUUUGGUUUCAGAAUCGGAGAAUGAAAGCUAAAAAAGAAAACAAAUUCCAACCGAACCAAUCUCUACAAGAGAAAAGAGUAAUAAGCGAAAUCGAAGAAAUACCUGGAGUUGGUAGUUGAGAAUAAAAACGGAAUAAUUCACAAGACAAGAAACAGGGAUUUAGACAAUGAGCUUUGAUUACAUUUUUCACGAUAACAUCUUAUGAAAGCUGCACCAGUAGUCCACUAAAUCAUACACAGGAAGUUCUGGAAUCCUUUUUAAAGUUGGCAAUCGAAACCAUUCAAACAGAGAAAAAGAAGAAUAAAAGGUACCGUUUUACAGCAUUGUGGAAAUGGAAUGACCAAGAAACUUCCUGUGCACCCUUCAGUGUGAGUAAUCUAUACCACCCCUUUGCUUUCUGUGCCUUUAACUAGAUUUAUGACCGAUCGUGUGAGACUGUUUACGG